CUUUCGGUGUCCCCUGAGCAUAGCACCGCUUGAACGAUCAGUGUGGUGUGCUCUGACACCCUGGAUCUAGGCGAGUAUGCUGGAUGAUCCCCCUUGAUCACCAACGUCAUCCACACCUGCUGUGUCUUCCAGCAAAAACAACCUUGUGUGUGCCAUAUAUACCGCGUGGUAUGUCACUUGCUCCGGUUCUCCGAAAGAGGAGAUAGAUACAUCGCAGACACAGACCUAAGGACAAAUAGCAAUAUCUCUUAGCAUCACUCAGAUUCUGGUCACGACAUGUCUCUCUGGACUGGCUAUCCUGCUGGAACGGGCUCUGGUGGUCGAUCUAGUCAAAAUACUCAGUCUCGUCGACCGCUCCACUGUCUGCCAAGAGCCCAAGACUUUGAGCGGAAGUUGUCCAACCGCUUUAUACUAUCAGACGCGAUACUGGGACAAGUGUCGAAAGAGCCUGACGCCCAUUCGAAGCUCUUGAACCUACCGUAUGAGAUUCUGCUGUUGAUUUUCGACACUAUCGCUCAUUCACCGUCCCAAGUGGCUCUUGCAUUGACCUGCAAACGCAUGGCAUUGGCCGCCCGAGAUGUCCGACUGUCUCUGUCGGAUAUUUCUCCCAAGUAUGCCGGUUUCUUGCCCAAAACUGUUUUCGAUGUUCCAGAACUCAUGACACAGCUCAAGCCAUGGAUGCCGCCAAAUCUACGGCUAUGCAACCAUUGUCUAACCAACCGGCCCCGUGCCGAAGAAUACUGGGAGACCAUUGUCGGCUGUGAGAUCAGUAAUUUCUGGGUCCAGAAGGUUGGAUGGAAUUUCCAGAAUGCCAGCUGGCACAGACAAGAGCACGAUAUUUGUCCUGCUUGCCAUGCUUCCUGUACCAUGAGUGACUACAUAGACUGUGAUGGCUGUCGUGCUCUUGGAAGAUUGGGUGACAUCGAUUGGUCUCGUGUCUCGGACUCGUGGCGGAGGAGAACUGAAGAAGAGAUUAGAGCUGGACGUUUUGCCACAUGAGGUUGAGAAGAAAGAGCUCGAUAUUUGCCAUGUUGCAGACUUUGACAAGCACAACUUGUAGAUUAAGGCGACUCUUAUAUUCGAUUUAUU